AUGGUAAUCCGGCAGGGCUCUGGGAGUUGCGGGUCGCUGGAGGUGGCGCUAUCAGAGCCCACCACCGGUGGUUCGCUUACUGCAGCCACUGCGGCGCCGCAUGCCCGAGUCGGCAGCGGUUUCGGCGCACACCACAGCGGGGUGAAGGUGCUCCACGCGGCUCGGCAGCCCACGAUAACACCGGGGUCCCAACACGUGCGCGGUUGCGGUGGCAGCGGCGGCGGCAACAGCGACGGCGGCUAUGGCCCGGCGCCCUCUCCAGGCAUCCCGGGCGGCGGUGACGAUGAAACCACGGAUAUCAACCUGUCCCUUUUAUGGGACCUGGUUCAAGGGGGCUUAUGUCUGCGAGAUGAUCCCCUGGCGGCGGAGGAUGGUGAUUUAGAGGCUCCGGAACCAAGUGCCGUUGCGGCGAUUAAGCGGCUAUUGGAGCGGAGGCUCCAGCAGGAGGGCGGACCGGCCCGGGGGUUGAGCCCGGAGGAUAUGAUUGCGCUGAUGGCUCGGGCGCACGAGCGCCAGAGCAAAAAGACGAGCAAGAAGAAGACGGCGGCAGCGGUCGCCAGUGGCGACAAGGACGACGGCUGCGACGCCAGCAGCGACGACGAGCCGCAUCUGUACCAGGAUCGCAGUGAUACCAAGUCAUGGCGACGCACUGUGGAGCGGAUGAAGGAGAACGAUUGGGUGCUCGUGAAGGACACAGACGGCAAACAUUACAAGUGA